CUUGCGCAUCAGAUUCUCCUCUACCACCGAGAUAGAGAGUUCAUUAACCAGUUCUGGCUGCCCCUGUCACCGGGGUCAUACCCCUCACUUUGCGUCACCACUCGAAUAUUCCUUCACUGCCAACGAUGUCGUCUCCAAUGUUAAUGAACCCAUCUCCACCGUUGUGGAAGAGGCAUUGGUAUCCUCGGACCUGAUAAAAUAUCGAGCAAAUUCGUGCACAGCGAGUUUGAAAGAAAGAGGCGCCUGAGAGCGGAUCACGUAGAGGAUCGAAUUAUGUGCAUGCCACAUGAGCAUCUGGUCAACAUAUAACUUUAUCGAAAAAGGCGCCUCGCGUCAGGCCUAGUACAGACCAUGGACGUGGUAGCAGCAGAGUGCAGAAUGCAGGAAGACAAGCAAGCAGUAACGACUGAGGCUACCGGCACGAGUAUAGCUCCCCAAGAGGGCUGGAUUGGAAUUCCCCGGUUGCACCAUCAAACGGAGCUAUGGAUUCCCGAUACAGCUGAAGAACUCGCUCGCCAAACGGUGUCUUCGGCGGUGCACUUCCCAGAGACCCGACGACGCCAUUGCCGCACAGCGUCACCCAGAAACACCGAUGUGUCAUGGAAGGAUAUGCCUACUCACCUCGUCCCUUUUCUUCCUUACAUUGAGAAGAGGGACUCAGAGGCAGACACUAGUGUGUUAGCUCAGGACGCUACGAUUCUGGAUGUCGGUAUCAUCCAAACGUGGAUAGAUCGUUGCGAAAAACUACAUGGAAUACGCUGCCAUGGUAGCAGAAUCUCACAGAUGCACUCGCCAUUUCCGUCCUACCUGGUUGAUGUUGAGCGAGGGUGUUUGGUUGCGGCGCCUGAACGCCCGCGUUAUGUUGCCUUGAGCUAUGUUUGGGGUAGGGCAGAGGCUUCAGCUUGCGCCACGAAAUCGAACCUGAAAGAGCUCCAAGAGCAUAACGGACUCUACAACGGGAUCAUAUCGCUACCUAGUCUUAUCAGGGACGCCAUCAAUCUGAUGAGGGAUUUGGGGCUUCCUUAUCUAUGGGUGGAUCGGAUCACAAUCAUCCAAGACGAUGACGCAACCAAACACCAUCAACUAAGUGUUAUGGGAGAGAUAUAUGCAGGUUCACUCUUUACCUUAGUCGCAGCUCAGAACGAAGAAGCGAGCCUGAGUCUUUAUGGACAUCGUAGAAUGGCGCUUGUUCAUGGUGAUUCUCCUUCAAAACAAGAGAAGAGAAGGGCAGACGGACAACCUCUGGAUGGUGCAAAAUAUAUGCUUGAUCAAGCGGUAUCACUCAUGCAGACCAAGUGGUAUUCGCGAGGCUGGACCUUUCAGGAAUACAUAUUCUCUACACGAAGGGUCAUCUUUCAAAACGAUACAGUCAAUUGGGAAUGUCUAUGUGCUUCCUGGCACGAGUGCCAGGAUAUAUCCCGACUUACACUCGCUCCUUCCCACACCCCAACACCAAACUUUGAUACUUCUGCAACUAAAAUGGACGUACCUGUUGCUGGUCUCCAUAAUUCACUUUGGCCAGAUAUGAUGCGAUUCACAAGGCUCAUGACUUUGUUCAACGAACGGGAUUUGACCUUCCCGGAAGAUGUUCUUGAUGCGUUCAUCAGUUGUCUGGCACAUUUGAGCAGCGUGUUCCCAGGAGGUUUCAUAUCUGGUCUACCAACAAUGUGUUUUGAUGCCGCGCUAUUGUGGCAACCAUGGGCAUUCUUAAAGAGGCGAAAACCGCGAAGACUGUCUGCUGGCGAAACAAUCUUACCUUCAUGGUUUUGGGCAGGAUGGGAAGGCAUCAUUAACUCAGAGAGCUGGAGAAGUGCUGCCAAUUACCAGUUCGAGUAUUCGCCUAUCUCAGAUAUACCACAAUACACUUCCUGGCGGACCAUCAGUACUGUUCAAUGGACGUAUUCAAAAACGCUGACGUCGGAGCGUUCUCUAAUCACUAUGCCUUUGCAAUUUAGGCGGCCAGCGUUUACCAAGCCGGGGGAUAGCCUACCUCCAGGAUGGACCUUGUCUACAAGCUUGGGAGAGGACGGAAAUGCAGUUCGACAUUCGUGUGACCCUUCCGUACCCUUCCGCUUCCCCAUCCCAAUCCUCGACCAGACAAGCCGCCGGCAACCUGUGGUAAACGCUCGGUUUCUACAUUGUAUUACGAAACACGCCUUCCUUACACUGGGCAAAGAAUUCCUCAACACGACGUCAGGCUGUCCUUCCAUACAACUUCUCACGGAUUCUGGUCGUUGGGCUGGAUGUCUCCGACUCAAUUUUAUACCUUCGCAUGCGCGUGACGAAACUUCAACCUCGUCAGCCCCAGCCCUAAAACACCGUUCUCGGGAUACCUCUAAAGCUCUUCCGAGCUUCUCAUUUACUACACCCUUGCACACUGAAGUCGCGGACGCGCUCUACGACCCGGCUCGGAUGGGAGAUGAGCUAUGUGAGCUUAUUGAGAUAUCUGCUGGUUCGGUCGAGGAUUGGGAAAUCGAUGCUCGAAACUUUGACGAAUGGUACCAAGAAGAUUGCGGUUGGAAGCAAGGGCUGUACGAGUUCGUCAAUGUACUCUGGGUAAGACGGGUGGAAGGCGUUGCAUAUCGCAAAGCGCUUGGAAGAGUGAGGAAGGACGUUUGGGAGAGCGAGGCAAAGGAAAAGGUAGAGAUUACACUUGGGUGAGACGCGAAUAUGGGUGUGAUCACGAAAGGGUCCUGUCAGUGCGAAUGGCUUAUUGUCUUUGUUCAAGAUUGUAUUGGUCUAUGGUUUCGCGCUAUCAGCCUGUUAGAAUGCCCGCGCGGUCGAAUGAGGUUCAAGAUUAGAUCUAAGUUAGAUUAGCUACAUGAAACUUCUAUCGGCUAGCUCCAACAUCGUUUGCGACUGCAUACCUUGUUCUACUCCGCAGCGAUUCCUUUAGGACGUAAGAUGGCGUACUAGUCGUUUUGCGACGGUCUGACUAUUCUUCAGGUGCAAUCCAGCAGUCCAGUAAGUACGCGUCGACACUGCCAUUGG